AUGUCGCUGCCCAAGAAUGCUUCCUACACCGAGUGUAUGAACUACCUCACUCGUCCCGGGGCGCUCCACGAGACCGAGGAUCUCGUCGUCGAUGGCCGCAAGAUCACGGCUUUCAAGAACCUCCCAAAGACGUUUCGCUCCUUCUUCCUGGACAAGUUUGGCAUGUACACGGACAGGACUUUCCUCUCUGCACCAGCCGCCGGCACAGACAAGCGCCAGUACCACACCUUUGCCGAGAUCUUCGACCAGUCGGUAGCUCUCGCGGCAUGGCUCCGUGCUCAAGGUGUGGAGCGAGGCGACGGUGUUGGUAUUGCAGGCUACAACUCGCCCCUGUGGGUCACAGCAUUUGUGGCCACCCACCUGCUCGGCGCGGUUACAGUUGUUUUGAAUGCGUCUCUAAACGCCGACUCCCUCAUUCACUGUCUCAAGACCACCGUCCCAAAGGUCACGCUCGUGGACGCGCCUGUGGCCGAGACGCUGGCCGGCAAGUACAACGACAAGCUGAAGCCCCACGGGCUGUACUGCUACACUCCAGGCAAGGCCCAGUCGCAGAUCAAGCAGCUGCCCCAGAUCCGUGCCUCCCCAGCCCAGAAGGACGCGGUCCUCCGCACCGAGUUGAAUGACCUGGGUCCCGAUUCCGAUGCGCACAUCUUCUUUACCUCUGGAACCACCGGCUACCCCAAGGCCGUUCUGUCGACCCAGCGCAUGGGCCUGAGUAACCACUUUUCAGCCAUGUUCCCCGCCUCUAUCGCCGCUCUGCGCAAGGGGAUGCCGGUUCCACCUCUACCCACUGCUGCACUUCCGCAAAAGGUGCACCUGCUGGCUAUCCCAAUGUUCCACGUCACGGGAUGCCUGAGCUGGCUCAUUCGUGGUAUCAACUCGGGCACCAAGCUCGUGUUCAUGGACCGGUGGAACGUGGCAAAGGCGUGCGAGGUGAUUGUGCAGGAAAAAGUCAACCUGGUGGGAGGUGUCCCCGCCAUUGCGACCCAGUUGGUCCAGACCGACCUUUUGCCCAAGAACCUAGACUUUGACGGUGUUGCGUAUGGCGGCGCUCCGGCCGCUGCUCGCCUUGCGAAGGACAUCAAGGAGCGCUGGCCUACUGCAAGCGUCCAGCAGGGUUACGGCAUGACAGAGACGAACGCGUACGCGUGUGGAAUCGCUGGCGACGACUACCUCUCAAAACCCAAGAGCACCGGCCCGCCAGUCCCCAUCUGCUCGCUCCGCAUUGUGGACCCCGAGACAAAGCGCGAAGUCCCCGUCGGCCAGAUGGGCGUCAUCCACCUGCGUGGCGCCAACAUUAUGAAGGAGUACGUCCGUGACCCCAAGGCCACUGCCGAGGCGCUUGACGCCGACGGCUGGAUGGACACUGGUGACGUCGGAUACGUCGACGAGGAAAACUUCCUCUUCAUUGCCGACAGGGCCAAAGAUCUCAUCAUCCGCGGCGGCGAGAACAUCCCCAGUAUGGAGGUCGAGAAUGCCAUCCUGCGCGACCCACGUGUCUCACAGGUCAUCGCCGUCCCCAUCCCUGAUAAAGUUAUGGGCGAACUCGUCGGUAUCCUCUACACGCUGCGCUCCGGAGCGAAGGCCCACGAAAAGUCGAUUCUCGAAGAGGCUCACCCCCACCUGCGUAAAGUGGCCAGGCCAGAGAUUGCUGUCGAGUACCAUGAACCCAACUUGCCUACCAAUGCCAAUGGCAAGUUUGUCAAGAAAGAUCUCAAGCAUCAUGUUAUUGGUGCAUGGGAGGAACGACAGAAGAAGCCUCGCGCCAAGUUGUGA